UAACAAUCUAAUCUUUUGUUUUAAGCCAAUUAUAGAUUCAAGAGAUAGGAUACUAAUCGAUCAUCUCGAGAGCGAUCAAUCAAUUUUUCCUAUUGCUGUCUACUUGCUGAUCUAUCUGGAUCUCUUCUUGUGUCCCCCUGUUCUUUUCCCCAAUUUGUAGUUAUUUGGGAAAGGGAUUUUUUUUUUGUUUUCACUUCAUUUUACUUUCCAUUUUCUUAUUGACUGACUCUUUUUCAUAUUCUGCAAAAAAAAAAAGCCUUCCCCUGAUUUCUAAAAAAAGCACACGCAAACAGACUCUCUCGAACAAGACAGAGAAAAAAACCAAAACAAGACGAGUGAGAUAAGUCAUGCUGAUAACAAAGAAAGAUAUAUUAGGUUGGUGUGAUGAUCUUCACACCUUGAAAGGAUGUGUAUCCCAAUUUCAAUCCUCAAUCAAUAGUAUCAUUGCCAGAGCUCCAUCAAAACACCAAUUUGAAUUGCUUGAAAAAGAUUUAGAAUCCAGAAACCCCAAUCAACCAUUGGCCGAGAAGGCAAAGAGUCUCUUGUAUACGCCACAGGCAAAAGUUGGAAUCCGAUUAAAGGAGUUGUAUAAUGACGACCGAUUACCCUUGUUGGCAUUAAUCAACAAGGUGAACUUCAAAUCACAGAAUGCAGACAAAUGGGUAUCAUAUCUUUUGGAUUAUUCACCUCCCAAGGACAUUGGUAAGGAAGAAUUCAAUCUAAUCAAAAAGGGAGUUGUUAGAAGAAUAGAACCGACUUACCCGGGCCUGGAAUACCCACCCACCUUACCACCCAUUGACCCGGUCAAUGGACAACAAAUCUUAAACAAAGUGUUGACCGAUAAAUCAUUCCGUCAACCAUCAGAUUAUUUGGAACUGGCUAAUGCUGAUGAUUUCAGUCAAAGACAUAACGCUAAAUAUGCACUUCGAGGACAGAAGAUCUUGGAAUGUUGUGUUAUGGAUCUAGUUGAUGAAAAAUUCCCAACGUUACACGAAGAUGAUUUAUAUUUAUUACUGUACAAAUUGGUGAGUCCCACCAUUCUUACAAAAUUUGCCUUGGGUUAUAAUCUUGUACUGGAAUUGAAUUAUUCAGUAACCAUGAAUGGACUUGAAAUUGAAUCUAAAUUGAAAAUCUUGAGUAAUUUAUUCUUGGCAUACAUUGCAGGACUUGUACCUUCUAAAAGGGACAAGCAUCCACAUAUCCCUCUGGAAUUCACUUAUAAUUACGAGGAAAUCAAGGCUUGGUUACGCAAGUUGUACAAGCCAAUCAUGGAAGAGUUCCAUUCUAAACAUAAUCCAAUGGAAAUAUUUUAUAAAAAUGAAUUAGAAUUUCUUUUUGGUAAGGAUGAAAUCAUAUAUUCGGGAAUUGAGAAUGAAUUUUCCAUAGUGAUUGAAGUUAAACUUGGAGAUGACGUUUUAGGAGUUGGUACUAGUAGUUCCAAAGAAGAAGCCAUAAAUAAAGCUGCAGAGCAAGCAUUUAGAAAUAAGGAGAAAAUCGAUAAGAUUUUGUUAGAGAGACAAGAAAUAGAAAGGGAAAGGGAAUUAGAAAGAAAACAAAAUUUAAAUAAUCAAGAAGAAGAAUAUGAACCAACUUUUGAACUGGAUUCACCCUCACAUAAAGUUGAUUCUGAAUCAACUACUCCAACCAUUACAAAUGCUACAACUAUACCACCACAACAGAAACUGUACCUACCACCGCCACCACCACCGGGUGCAAAUGCAUAUGCCCCACCAUUACCACCGGGGAGGACCCCAAAUGCGUCCACAAUGGGUCAAUCGACUCCACAACCUCAACCAUACACGAUUCAACCAGCAUUUGCCCCAUUGAAUGCGUUUGCUAAAAAGAAUCUUCAUGAACUUUUACAAAGUAAACGAUUGGUUCCCGUUUAUAAGUAUUCGAGAAAUAAUUCUGAACAUACUGUGACAGUGGUUGUUGAUGGGUUAGUAUUGGCACAAGCCACUGAUGUACAUAAAAAGGUUGCAGGACAAAGAGCAGCCAUGUUAGCAUUGGGGAAUAAUGAGAUUCUUCGGAUCUUAUUUGAAAAGAAAGAUCAAGAGACAAAAUUAGAAGCAGAGAAGGAAACGAGUUUAACACCAGAAAAUGAACCAUCAACUGCCACUCCAACAAUAAUUCCUUCUUCAAUUCCUCAAGCUCCACCAUCACUCCCAAAAUCACCAUCUUUUGCCGCACCAGGAUUACCCAACAUCCCAAAUGUCCCAAGGUUCCAAUAA